AUGCAGUCUCCAGGCCAGGCGAACCGCGGGGUUGUGGCCAUGAUUGUCGACACGGUCAAGACGCGCGGCGUGGCGGGCCUGUAUGCUGGUGCGGGCGCGCAGAUUGCCGGCACGGGCCUGAAAGCCGGCGUGCGGUUCAUGACGUAUGAUACGUUCAAGGAGAUGCUGCGGACCGACGAGGGUAAGCUCACACCGGGACGAACGAUGCUCGCGGGCCUCGCGGCUGGUACCGUCGAGGCUGUCAUUGCAGUGACGCCAUCCGAGACCAUCAAGACCAAGCUCAUCCAGGACGCGGCACGCCCGCAGCCGCUGUACACGUCCACGCUGGACGGCACCGUAUCCAUCUGCCGCACAGAGGGCUUUGGGGGCAUCUACCGUGGGCUGGGCCCUACGAUCCUCAAGCAGGCGUCCAACUCUGCCGUGCGGUUCACGUCGUUUGCCAUGCUCCAGUCCGUGGCGCUCGAGACGCUCAAGCCGGCUUCGGGAAAGUUGUCCGCGACGACGACGUUUGCGACGGGCGCACUGGCGGGCCUGAUCACUGUUUACACGACGAUGCCGAUUGACAACGUCAAGACGCGCAUGCAGUCCCUCGGCGCCGGGGCAAAGUACCGUAACAGCCUCGACUGCCUUGUCUCCAUCGUGCGGCACGAGGGCGUCCAGCGGUUGUGGAGCGGCACGACGCCGCGUCUCGCGCGGCUAAUGCUCAGUGGAGGCAUCGUGUUCUCGGUGUACGAGACGCUCAUGGGCGUCAUGCUGGCGCUGUGA